GGGGGAGGGGGAUGGGGAUGCGCAACUUGGGGCUGCUCGGCAGCAGCAGCAGCAGCAGCAAUCGGAGAUGGAGCUCUACCUCCAGCACAGCAAUUUCCUGGCGGAUGUGAAUAAUGAGCGCGAGGUCAAGAAUGAGACGUAUAAGGAGAAUUUGAGCACGCUGGAAAAGUUUGUGAUGCUUAUGUUUGAGGAGGAUGGGGUGGUGCAUCCGAAGGAGUCUGCGUGGUUUGCCGGGGUGGAUGCUGAUGGCGUGGUGGUUGGGUUGAGGGAUAGGCAGAUCUACAAGGAGGAUUGGAUUGGGUUGCGGGAGUUGGAUGAGAAGGGCGCCUUGGUGUUUCGGACUGUGCCUGGGAGGCAUAUGGAGAUUGGGGAGGAGGUGUUUGAGGAGGUGGUCAGGGAGUUCUUGGGGCCGGUUGAGGUUGAGGUCGAGGGAGGUCGGGAUGCUGAUGGGAGUGUGGGAAGGCCGGGGUUGGUUGUGCAGGGUGCGUUCUAGAUUUGCGAUGCUCCGGGCUGGCCUGCAGGUAUAUACGUUGUGGUGAUUUUGAAGUAUGCUUCGUCAUUGCUUUUAGAUGAUAUUUAUGAUUGGGAUGUAUCCACACUAUCUCCAGUUUACUGACUACGGACUGCUAAUGAUGAAACGAGCAACUGAGGGCCUUCGUCAUCCUCAUCCGUCAGAGCACGAAGCCAGACGUAUGGACUGGUUGUCUGUGUCGAGUGGUCGGGCCAGUCGCUCUCCAGGGCAGAAUAGACUCUCGGUAGUCCACGGUAGGCUUGGGUUCUAGUCUGGGAUUAGUGAAUCUAAAAUGGCCCGGGCUUAGAGCAGCUUCCGAUGUUGAAGAUUUCUGUGGCGUGCCGACGCUGGGUGGAUUUUAAGACGAUAGUCCUUUCGCCAUAUCCAUUGAACCCCA